CCACCUUUGUUUCACCGGUGAACUCUCGAUCAAGAACGAUGGAUUCGUUUCAUCAUCUCCUAGAGAGGACUCGGCUACCUCAGCCAUCACUCCAGAAACUUGCGGUUGUCUCCAUAUUCGAAAAGCUCCGAUUACCAACUACACUCAAUGGACCCGAAUUCGACCCGGGAAUGCAGGCCGUUGCUCAAUGUCUGAACUCAAAUUCGCCGGCGGUUGUCGACCAAUCGGUCCGAGAGCUUUGCCUUUUUGUAAAGGACUCCAAAUUGGAGGUUUCUCGGGGGUUGUUGGAACUCCAGUCAGCCCUCGAAGGCUCUGAUUCGCGCUUUGUUAACGUGUUCGUCAAAGCUAUAGGGUUUAUUGUUCAAUUAGGGUUCCAGAAUGACAAUGUUUCAUUUCGCUUCCAUUCUUCUGAGGCUCAUCCGUUUGUUAAGGUUCUUUCUUGCGGAACAGAGGUUCAAUCCGAGCUAGUGCGACAGGUGCUUAUAUUUAUUAUGCAGAACAGGCCGUUGGGAAUGGAGGGAAUUUGUGAAUUCUUAAGACCCUUCUUAAAUUUUUUGGUUAUACAAACGUCAUCUUCAGCGACAAUGUCUUCAUUGGCAAGGAACCUUUUAUCCUCGAUAUCAUCGCUAUGUUGUUCAUUUCCUUUGGAUGCAAUUCCUGUUUUCAAGUUGUUGAUGGGAUGCUGUAAAUAUAUGCAAUGCAACAGUGCAGAAGAUCUGACUAAUGUUUCUUAUCUCAUGGAGACUAUCGUGGAUGCAUUUAUUGCGGUUUUGAGCCACCUGGCUAGUACAGGGAUGCGGAUUCAUGAUGCACAAUUAUGCGGAGCAGAACUUUUAGAGAUGAUCGUUUCCACUAUUCACAAGUAUUCUGGUGGGGAAGAGUGCAUAUUUGACAUGUCAAGGCGCUUAAUAGUUGUGCAGUCAGAGCUUGGCUUGAAAUUUAUACCUGAAGCAUCAUCUGUGAUGUUGUCUUUGUUUUUUAGCCUCAUUCAGUCAGAGAUGGAACACAUACAGUUAUCAAUAUUGAAAUUGGUUCUCAUUCUUAUGAAGUGGAAAAACAGCAACGAGAAUAUCGUCGAUGUGCAUGAAGAGAUUUUAUUUGUUUUUCCCACCAUCAACCUCAUGUCAUCUCCGUCCAGAUAUGUUAAAGAAGCAGCAUCUGAGUUGCUUAUUAUGUUACGAAGGCUCUCUGCGUAUUUAUUGGUUAAUCCAAUAAAUGAGUUGCUCAUGGAAGAGAGAUUUCCACGAAUCGGCAGAUUGGAAGACAUCAUAUUUCGGGUCUUCCAUCAUUUGUGGUUUCAGGAUCAAACUUCUUCUUCUGGUUCUUUCUAUCUACAUUGGGUAUCCAAUGGCAAUAAAAAUGUCAAAGAAAAGCAGCAUCCACUGAAAAGUUGGACGACCUUAGUAACAGGGUAUUGUCAAAGGAUGGUUGAAAUACAAAAGUCAAGCCUUCCUAGGUCUCAGUCCCAGGAGAUAUUUCUACGUGAAAUUCCGCCUUUACUUGCUGCAAUUGCCAGUGUUCUCAUUUUGCAUCCUACAUUAGGGAAUUCUGCAGUAGAUCUCCUGGCUCUUAUUGGCAAUAUGGAUCCCAAACUUGGUGUUCCACUAUUUCUAGUAAUUUUAUUUUACCUUAACAUAUUCUCUGGUAAAUCUGAAGAAACCGACUUCCAAGACAUAUUGCUAAAACUUUUAAGAAUGCUUCCCUUACUUGUGUCACAUCCUGCAAUGGUACCGCUCAUAGUCCAGACAAUCUUGCCAAUGCUUCAGAAGGAUGCAAAUCCAGUGUUAUAUGCUACUGCUUUGCGUCUGCUUUGCAAGACCUGGGAGAUCAAUGACCGAAUUUUUGGAAGUUUGCAGGGUUUAUUACUUCCAGAAGCUUUCACCCAGUUCAAAUGGGAGAGAAGUAUUAGUAUAAGCAUGGCUGUUAGCAUCUGGGAUGUUUGCAAAAAGAAUCCUGACAGGGGUGUAGACAUUAUCUUGUCUGUUGAGGCAUGCAUUAAGAGCACAGAUGCUACAAUUAAAGCUCUUGGUGUUCAAAGCCUUGCCCUUCUUUGUGAAGCUGAUGUGAUUGAUUUUUAUACUGCUUGGAGUGUUAUAGCAAAGCAUGUUCGGAGCUACUCCACUGACCCGGUUAUUGCAAAUAGCGCAUGCCUGAUUUUAAGAUGGGGUGCAAUGGAUGCUGAGUCAUAUUCAGAAAAUGCCACGGGUGUGUUGCAGAUACUAUGGGAAGUUGCCACAUCAAGACAUCCUUGUCAUGGGUUAUCAUGGGCAAAUGCUAGAGCAUCUGCUUUUGAGGCAUUAACUCAAUAUCAGGUACCUCAUAUCCACCAAUUCAUUCCAGAUUUCAGGGAGAAGAACAUAGAGAUGCUUGUUUCUGAGACCGACCCCAAAGUUCUUGAGGCCAUGGAGAGAUUUGAAGCAAAGAUGAUAACACACGAACACAUUACGAGGCGGAGACUGGUGAAGGAGAAAAGAGUGCCUGCCAACAAGAUUGAGAAAUUACUAGAUGUCUUUCCUCGGGUUAUUGGCAUUUCAGGAAUUAAUAGUAAAGCAGGAGAACUACCAGGUGCAGCUCUAUUUCACCUUUCUUUUAGUGUGAAAGAUGAAAAUAACCAAGGAGCAUCAAAGGUUUUGCACGAUCUACAUGCCAGAUACGAGAAUGCGUUAGUGGAGAUAGCUGGGUCACUACAGCUCUCAAGGAAUAUUAUUGUUGCACUUCUUUCACUGCAAUCCUGGAAACCAUUCAUGCAACGUUGGCUGCGGGCUUGCAUACCGUUAUUAGAUGUUAAGGCAUCCACCACUUUGAUGGAUACAACUUCCAAGGCAGCGGAUGAUAUUCUGAAGUGUAUGAGACAAAAGGCUGAUAAAUCUAUCCCUAGAUCUGCUGAGAAUAUUGGGCUAGCUGUGGGUGCACUUUGUUUGGUCCUUCCCCCAUCUGCUCAUGCUACAAAAGCAAGUGCCUCAAAGUUUCUGCUGAGUUGGUUAUUCCAGCAUGAACAUGAAUAUCGCCAGUGGUCAGCUGCAAUUUCUCUUGGAGUCAUCUCAAGUUGCUUGCACGUGACUGAUCACAAACAAAAAUUCCAAAACAUCAAUGCACUCAUUGAGGUUGCAUGUACGAGCAGAAGCACUCUUGUAAGAGGGGCUUGUGGAGUUGCUUUAGGUUAUUCAUGUCAAGAUCUUCUCACACGUUUUACGGUUGGAGAUGACUCCCAUUUGGACAAAGAAGUUCACGAGAUGCAGGAAACUGACUUACUUGGAAAGGUUGUUAGGACCUUAUGUCGGUUAAUAGAUCAAUAUGCUCAAUCUUCGACAACCACUCUCCAAAGUCUAUCUGAAUACUUCCCACAGCUACCAAAUACUACUGAUCCAGAUAUUGCUUUAAGCUCUUCUGGUAAAAGUUCUGAUUACUUGGAGGAAGAUAUAUGGGGUGUUUCAGGACUUGUCAUGGGUUUAGGAAGUUCUGUUACCGCAAUAUACAGAUCUGGGUGUAUCGAUGCGAUUAAGAAGAUAAAACACCUAAUUCUAUCAUGGAUUCCUCUUGAGAAUCCCUUGGAAGAAAACUCUGGUAUGAAUGGGAACUUGGAACUAGUUUUAUCCAUGGGGGCUUGUCUUGCGCUUCCAUUUGUAGUGUCUUUUUCCCAGAAAGCAGAACUGAUUGUUGGUGCUGAACUCGAAUAUCUUGUGAGUGGCUAUUGUGAACUUAUCAACAAACUGCUUUCUACAAAAAGUUCCGGGGCUUUCUGCCAGAGCUUGUUGAUGGCAUCUUGCGUUGGAGCAGGAAACCUUCUUGGCUGCAUUUUAAAUGAAGGGGUGCAUUCAUUGGAUGCUAAGUCUGUUAAGGAUUUACUAGAUAUGUUCAAGAAAAUCUACUCUAAUCCUCAUCCUCCUCUUAUGCAUUUGGGUGCAAUGCUUGGAGUUGUAAAUGCACUAGGAGCAGGGGCUGGGACCUUGUUUCUGCACUGCCCCUUAGCCUUCUCUCGGUCUAUUUCUGAACAGAAGGAAUCUUCUUACAUUACCGGUCCUCUAUUCUCUAGUGCUGUUAUGGAGCUCAGUUUGACAUCAUUAAUACAAGAAAUCUUUCUUGUUGCCCAAUAUUCUGAUGAUGACCAACUGCAACAGUAUGCAGCUUGGGCAGUUUCAUUUCUUAGACAUUACAUCUGGUCCAGUGAUCUCCACAAUGAGGACAGAGCAAAACCAAAUUCUGCAUCUCAAAGCUUCCCCGAUGAUAGCAUAGUCAUGAAACUGAGCCUGUGGUUGAUGAAUCUAAACUACUCUGGGGCUGCUGCCAGUUCACAUGUUAACACAGUUGCCGCUGUUUUGCGAUGCCUCACCCAUGCUCCAAGGCUGCCACAGCUUGAUUGGGGGUCAAUCAUUAGAAGGUGCAUGAGAUAUGAGGAUCAAGUUGCUCAUAUGUUACAAGAAGAUUCUGAUCAUAAGAAAGGAAAACUGAGGGAGGAAUGUUUAGUAUUCUCUUUGGUCCAUGGCAGCAACUUCAAUGCUUUGCUCACCUUCCUUGAUGAACUGUUCGACCUCUCCAGGUUCAAGAUGCUUGAAAUGAAUCUGCAGUUGUGCAUCCUUUCUCACCUGCCACAGAUGUUAAAAAUAUUCUCGGGGUCUAGGCUUGAAAAGAUAUUUGAUGACGUUGCCACCUUCAUACAGUCACCAGUUUCGUUUGACCAAAUUUAUAAUCCAGAACAGAAAAGCCUACUACGAACAUCAUGCUGGAAGGGUCUUCAUAUGUGUUUCGAUGAAGCUUCUCUCGAUUCUGAAAAACUUAUACCCAACUUCGAGAAUUGCAUGGAGGUGCUCUUUUCUUUGUUGCCACAAGUUUCAGGGUUAAAGUCGUUAGAAAUGAACAGGAAUUAUGAAGGGGAGGAGUGGUCUGAGGCAGUAAGAUGUCUAGGGAAGGUUCGUUGGGAUUGGUUAUCACAUUGUUUGCAGAUUUCAGAGAGUAGUUUCAAUCAGGGAAGCCAUCAGUUUUUGGAAGCAAAGAAAAAGGUCAUAGCUAGAGCAAGACUGGUGCAGACUGGUUCUAUUCCAUUGCUUGAACUGUCAAAACUGAAACCUUACAUACUGAACACCAGAUCUGAAGGUAUAUGGGACGUUCUGGUGGAAGUAGUAAUGGCUUUGCAAGAUGCUGAAGGAAGUAUCAAACGACAAUGGCUUGUGGAUGCAGCAGAAAUUAGCUGUGUGACUAGUUACCYUUCAACGGCUAUGCAGUUUAUGAGUUUGCUAUGUGGUUGCUCGUCCAAGUAUAUGCCUUUUUUGAUCGUUAACCCUCAUACUAUAUUGAGUGACCUACCCGUAACCCUUAGUUCUCUACUGUUAGAUGACGGUAACUGGGGUGUAGUGGCUGAACCGGUGGUUUCGCUCAUGUGGACUUCAACCAACCGUAUUCACGAUUGGGUUACAAACAACGUGAACGGCUUUUCUAACCAACAGUUGUUUGAUGAAUCAGAGAGAGAAAUCAAUGUGUUUCUGUUGAAAGUGAUGCAUCAUACUUGUGUUGCUUUGAAACACCAUUUGCCUCCUGAAAAGCAGCUUUUGCUUGCCAAUAUGAUUCUUCCCUAAAACUUGUGCUGCUGCUGGAUCAAGGCUUCAGAGUAGAAAAUUCUGUAUCUAUUCACUAAUGAAUGGUGGGGUAAGUUACGCCACUCUCUUUUAAAUAGGCAUCUAUUCACUUUGAAUGGUAGGGUAAGUUAAAAGUUUAAACCACUCGUUUUUAGAUAGAUAAUGGGUAAAUUUGCAUUUUCUGAAGGCAUUUUUGUUUGGUUCGUAUUUUUUGUUAUAAUUUGAUGGUCCACAAUGCAAAAUCUUAUGUUUUAUGACAUUUCUUGAGUCAACAAUUAACGCUU